AUGUCCAUCGACAUUCUAAAAUUCGUAUUUGUCAUACUUUUAUCCUCCUCCUUGCGCACUGUUUCCUCCAAUUCGAAAUCCUAUUCCUAUGUGUCAGCUGAUGCACAAUAUAAACACAAUUUCUUUUCCGAAUUGAGUAUAAUAGCCCGUAAUGGUUCCAUGGACAUUGUAGUGAAAACCCUCAAAGAUUUCACUUCCGAUCCAUGGGUUAGUGUAUUGGUGGUAAUGCGUCCAUCGAAAAAUGCCAAAAAUCGUACCCUACUGCACUACGACAUCAAUGUGUGUAAAAUUCUAGGUAAGCAGGCUACUAAUUUUAUUUCGACAUGGUUACAGAAUUACUUUCGCCUGGGUAAUAUGCCCUCAGAGUGCCCGAUUAAGAAGGGAAAUUAUUCAUGGUGUAAUCUACGACCGGAUAUGUUGAAGAUGCCUUUGUUCUUCUCCAAGGGUCAAUAUAUUGCCCAUACCAGUUUGUAUUUUAGGAAAAGGAAAACAAUAGAUUCGCUGGCUAAUAUUACGACGGUGAUGGAAGUUAAAUGA